AUGAUUGUACAAACUUCUCUUCAUCAUUUAUAUUUUUCUGAGAUAUUCAGAAAGUUUUUUGAAUUUAUCUCAGACUAAAUUUACUUGAAGUUCCAACUAAAGGAUUGCUUUUAUUGUUUCAAUUAUUUUGAGCUGCUCAAUGAAGUGAAUUUAAGAUAUAAUAAUUACAGCUAAGAAGCAUUCUAAGUAGACGAUCUUGGAGAGUGUUUAAUCGGAGAUUAUCGAGUAAUAAUUCUAAUAAAUGGGUUCCGAUUGAAUAUGCUAAUCAAAAGGGAUAUGCAGUUGGACAUCUCAGGUUAGUUUUUGUCGCACAAGGUUGAUAUAGAGAAAUUGGUUGGAUACUGUGAAUCCUUUUGUCGUAAUCUGCUCGAUCUCAAUCAGAUUGCCAUUUAAAUAAUAAGAGCUAUCUAUUGUCGGAUUGUUGAUUAAGACCAAACCAUUAUAUUAGCCAUGUUAGAAAUCACCCUUGGGUGAC